AUGACAUAUGCAAAUUACAAUGUAAAUGGGAAGAUAUGGUUAUUUGUACAAGAGAAUAUUCAGGUGGAGGUAAUAUCAGACUCAGAACAACAGUUGACUGUGAAACUACUAUUUGAUAAUGGCCAUCAAACGAUCAAUACUUUGGUAUAUGCAAAGUGUAGUUCCUAUGAAAGGCUCCAGUUGUGGAAUGAGAUAUACUCUAUUGAUCAAAAUAUGACAUAUCCAUGGUUGGUAGAGGGUAAUUUUAAUGUCAUUUUGACUCCAGAGGAGAAGAUAGGAGGACUUCCAGUAUAUCCUACUGAGGUGGAAGAUUUUGCUUGCUGUAUAAACUCUUGUGAAUUGAUUGAUCUAAGAUUCAAUGGAAGUCCUUUCACAUGGUGGAAUGGUAGGGCUGAUGAGGAGUGCAUCUUUAAAAGAUUGGACAGAAUCCUUGUAAAUAAUUUGUUUUUGGGAGAAAUGGGGAAUUUAAAAUUAGAUAUCCUUGCUAGGUCUGGCUCUGAUCAUGCACAAAUGUUAUUAACAUGUGGUGGACAAUCUCCACCUACAUAUAAGCCAUUCAGAUUCCUUAAAUUUUGGACUGAGAAAGAAGAGUUUAAAGAGGUCAUUCUACAGAAUUGGGUUGCUGAUGGUAAUCCAGAUAUUUUUAUAAACUUGAAGGUAAAGAUGAAAAGAACUAAACAGGCCCUGAGAAAGUGGAGUAGAGAUUGUUAUGGUGAUAUUUUUCAACAACUAAUCAUCAGGGAGGAUAUUGUCAGAGUUAAGGAACAAUUGUUUGAGCAUACACCAAAUUCUGUCAAUAGAGAAGUACUUAGUAGAGCUCAAGCUGAGUAUACUAAGUACCUGCACUUUGAGGAAGAGUUUUGGAGGCAGAAAUCAGGAAUUCAGUGGUUCACAGAGGGGGAUAAAAAUACUAAGUUUUUCCAUAACUUGGUAAAAGGUAGAAGGAAAAGACUGAACAUUGACAGGAUUCAGAAAGCUGAUGGUACAUGGGCUGAGGGGACUGAAGUUGAGACAGAAGCCAUCAAAUUUUAUCAUGAGCAAUUUACAGGAGGGGCAACUGAUGUGGAUCUGACCUUACUUGAUUUAGUUCCUAAUAUGGUGACAGAAGAAGAUAAUGUACAUUUGAACAGACCUCCUACAUUAGAAGAAGUCAGAAGGGUAGUUUUUGAACUAAAUGGAGACAGUGCUUGUGGUCCAGAUGGAUUUACAGCUCAUUUUUAUCAAUGUUGUUGGGAUAUUGUUCAUAAUGAUGUAUUUGCUGUAGUACUGGCUUUUUUUAAUGGUUUGACAUUACCAAAAGCUAUUACUCACACCAAUCUAGUCUUGAUCCUAAAAGAGAAAAGACUCAUCCAUGAUAGACUAGAGGAUCUGCUGCCUAAGCUUAUUUCCAAUAACCAAUCUGGAUUUGUUAAAGGUAGGAACAUUACUGAAAAUGUUUUACUUGCACAGGAAAUUAUAGUAGACAUCCGAAAAAGGAGUAAGACUGCUAAUGUGGUGUUUAAGCUAGACAUGGAGAAAGCUUAUGAUAGAGUGGACUGGAGGUUCAUGAUGAAAGUCCUUGGCAAAAUGGGUUUCAACGAUGAAUAUGAAAAACAAUCAGGGCAGAAGAUCAAUAGGGACAAAAGUGCCUUUUUUGUACAUAAUAUGGCUGCUCAUAGAGAUAUUCAGUUAAUAGAGGAAUGUUCAGGAUUUUCAAGAGGUACUUUUCCUUUAACAUACCUGGGUUGCCCAAUUGGGCAUGCUAGGAAAAGGAAAACUCACUUUGCUGAUCUGAUGAAGAAAGUGCUAAAUAAACUACAAGCUUGGAAAGGAAAGUUACUCUCAUUUGGAGGAAAGGUUGUUCUAAUUAAUAAUGUGCUACAAAGUGUCCCUAUAUAUCAACUAUCUGCAAUCAUACCUCCUAAUUGUGUGAUUCAUGACCUACACAAACUAUUUGCAAGAUUCCUGUGGAGUUUUAAGGAAGGUAGUAGAAGCAAGCACUGGGUUUCUUGGACUGAAAUUUGUCAACCUAAACUGGAAGGAGGGUUGGGUUUCAGGUCCCUAUUUGAUGUAUCAAGAGCUUUGUUUGCAAAGCUUUGGUGGAAUUUUAGAACCAAAAACUCUAUGUGGUCACACUUCAUGUGGAACAAAUACUGUAAGAAGUGUAGACCUCAAAUCGUGGAGUGGAAGGGAGGUUCUCAGACUUGGAAGUAUAUGUUACAGGCUAGGGAUUCCAUAGAUCAAGAAAUUUGGUGGCAGCCUAACAAUGGAUCCUCUAGUAUUAUGUUUGAUAAUUGGUCUCAAAUUGGAGCAUUACAUUACUAUCUUCCAAUAUCUUUUUCUUCUAGUCUCGAUCAAGAAGAUAUUAGUCAAGUGAUGAUUCAAGGGAAGUGGAAUGAGGAGUUGCUACGACAUAUCUUCCCCGAAGGAGUUACAGAACACAUUAUUAAAAACAUUGAUAUUGUUCAGGAGUGUGAGGAGAUGGAUAAGCCUUACUGGAUGCUAAAUCAUUCAGGUAAGUUCUCUAUCAGGUCAGCUUGGGAGAGUUUGAGAACUCCAGGGGUAUAUCAGGAAGAAUUUAGACAAGUAUGGGAGAAAGGGGUCCCUUUUAAAAUCUCUUUCUUCUUCUGGAGAUUGAUCAAACAAAGAAUUCCUAUUGGAGAACUUUUGGUCAGAAUGGGGCUAGAAGAGGUGGUGUAUUGUUGUUGUUGUGACCUGAACAUUAAUGAAACAUGGGAACAUCUUUUUAUUGCUUGUCAUAAAUCUCAGUUUCUGUGGAACAUAGUUGGAAGAGCUGCUGGAGUUGAGGGGCCUUUUCUACAACUGAAGGACACCAUUUUUAAAUGGUGGAAUGCAGAAUGUAGUGCUAAAUUGAGGCCUCUGUUCAAUGCUAUCCCUGGUUUUAUCCUAUGGGAAAUUUGGAAAGGAAGAAAUAUUGUGAAACAUGGUGGUAAAAUGUCUAGGUACAGUAUGUUAGCAGAAAUUAAUAGAAAUAUUCACAGUCUGGCUGUGGUUAGAUAUCCUUGGUUACACAACAUACCUAAAGAGUGGGCUAUGAUGGUGCAUUUCUUUGAGAAUUACAAAUCUGUUAUAUCGACUAGGGUGAUUUAUUGGGUCCCUCCUGGUAUAGGGGUGUACAAAUGUAAUUCAGAUGGUGCAUCUAAGGGUAAUCCAGGACCUAGUUCUGGGGGUUUCUGUAUCAGAAAUUGGGAAGGAAAAUUCAUAUAUGCAGCUACACAGGAGUUGGGUGUCAAGACAAGUUUGGAAGCAGAGGUCAUUGCUUUAAAAAUGGGACUACAAUUUUGUGUGUCCAACAAUCUAUUACCUGUUAUACUGGAGACUGACUCAUUAAUGGUGUCUCAAAUAUUGGGUGGCAAUUGGGAAACUCCAUGGAGCGUUAGCUUGAUGAUUAAGAAAAUACAAUGGCUGAGGAAGGCAGGAGGAGUGGAGGUGUCUCAUGAAAUUGGUGAACUGUUAGGUCCACAACAGUCAUUUGAGUUGGAAUAUGCUCAAGACAUUAUUCAACAACAAAGCGAUAGCCUUGAUUGUGGAAUGUAUGUAGCUGUUUUUGCUGACAAAAUCAACAUUCCAUCUAUUAGUUUUCAGAGUGACUGUCUUUGCAAUAGAUAUGCAACACUGUUAUGA